AUGGUUGGGUGUCGUACCGUUACAUUCCCAUUCACGAAUGGCGGCCGUCCCUCCUUGCGUCCUAAAGCCGGCACGUCAGAACGCUAUCAGGCUCUCCCAACUUCUCCCUCCCGACGCUUCCGUCUCUCCCCUUCUCUCUAUCUCUCGAUAUGCCUGGUUCUACGUGCAGCGCAAGCUUUAUAGUGAGCUCUCCAUUUUCCCUCUUCGUGAUUGCUGGCUUUCAAGCUUAGCCGCCUCCAUGGCUUCGAACCCCAAAGACCGAGGAUUAGCAAUUGUGAUCAUGGGGGUCAGCGGCUCCGGCAAAUCGACGGUUGCUCAGAUGCUUGCAAAGUCAUUAAGCUGCAGGUUUGUUGAAGCUGAUGACUUCCACUCUCAGAAAAAUAAAGAAAAGAUGAGAAAUGGGGAUCCACUUUCGGAUACAGACCGAUUUCCUUGGCUUGAAGCACUUCGCGAUGCCAUUAGAAAGAACAUAAAUGAUGGUGAAAUUGUAACUCUUGCUUGUUCAGCACUGCAAAAGAAGUACAGAGAUAUCCUGAGGUCAGCAGACCAAGAUUACAAGCCUGGUAAUUACCCUAACUGUAGGGUGAAAUUUGUAUGUUUGGAGGCUCCAGUGGAAGUACUUGCUGAUAGGAUGAAGAGAAGGUCUGAGGCAGGGAAGCACUUCAUGCCUGUGAGCCUGCUACAGUCACAGUUGGAUUUGCUUCAAAUUGACGAGGCUGAGGGAAUUGCAAAGGCUGAUGCCACCACGAGCCUUGAGGCCAUUGUUAAUGCAGUUUUCGUUCUUUUGAGGACAACAUGAAUUCUGUGCGAUAAAAAAGGAAACCUAUACACGAGGCAUUGCAAUUGAAUGUAAGAGUGCUGGGAGUGAAUGCAUUUUAUUAUCUGCUAAAAAAAUUGCACUUUAUACAGCAUGUAAUGCAUAUGCCCUUCAGAAACAAAACACAAAUGAUCUUUAGUCUGAAGUUGGUAAUAAUGUCUUCUAAUAAAGAACUUGUUUUAUAAA